GGCCCAUCUAACGAUCAGGAUCGAUCUGAUUUUUCGUACAUUGCAUCUGCAAAGCGCCCCGACUCCUCUGUCUCAAAAAAAGGGGAGAAAUCAAUACUGGUUUUUAUUUUGAUUGAUGCUUUGGGGGAGUUUCCAGCUCUUCUCCACACCAUCAAAAGCAGCUAUUUCUCAGCUCUCCUUGCAAGCUUCUACUCUUCUACUGUUCUUCUGAUACUCCAAAGCUUUGAAGUGGAAUAUUCCCGUUAGUUGUUUAGGGGGCACGUUCAGUCCUCGAAGCAUUACUGAAUUGAUGCAUUUUGAGGAAUAGUUGAUCAUCCGGACAUGGAUAAAAUCCCCCCGGACUGUCCGUACCCUGGAUGUUUUUUCUGUGUCAUGAAGGAAGGAAACCCAAGUAAGCGUAGAGCAAGUAUCCUCAAGUUCUUUAGAGAACUUCCGUCGCAGGAUGAUGAUGGUCAGGUUCUUCCUAUCAGCGGUCUUUGGAACACUGCAAUGGCACAUCCCAACGAUCCUGAGUUUGUUGACUUGGGAAUAUUUGAAUGCAUGUCUGCACUCAUAUGGAAGGGCUUGAAGAACCGGCGUUGGCUUGCACAUGACCAAAACAUAUAUAUUCCAUACUAUGCAGCACACAUCAUUGGAUCAUACACCAUGAAUAUGGAAGAAUUUGCAGAAAGUGCGGUGCAUGCUGGGGUAAUUCCUCCCUUAGUCGAGCUUUUGCGAGGAAGGCUAACAUGGGUGGAACAAAGAGUAGCAGUCCGGGCCCUGGGACACUUGGCUACCUACGCGAGUACAUUUCCCACUGUGGCAAGUCAUGGGGAAGUUCUUGAGCUCUCCAUUCAGCUCGCAUUGAGCUCACUCGAAAUCGUCUACUCUCAUUUCUACCAGUUUGUGGAUAGAAGGCUUAGUUAUCACUGUGAUCUACUUACACGUGGCAUGGGUGGUGUGGAAAUGGAGUCAAGGAAGGCAGAAGAAUGGGCUAGUCAGUUACAGUGCUGGUCCCUUCAGCUUAUCAACUGCUUCGCCUUCAAGCCCGAGUUUCUGUCUGUUAUAUGCAAGCCUGAUUUUUUAGUCAAACUACCCGGUAUGUGGGGUGGACUUGUUAAUGAAAAUUCACCAGCUGGUAUUGGUUUGUUACGAACAAUUUGCCAACAUAAGCUUGGUAGGGGGCCUCUUGCUGGCUGUCCCGGUAUUAUUGAAGGGAUAUGUAAUAUUGCCCGCUCCUCUGAUGACUGGCAGUACAUGGCUAUUGACUGUCUUCUAUGGCUGCUUCAGGAUCCGAGUACUUGUCACAAGGUGAUAGAUAAGGCAGUGCCCGCACUUAUUGAUUUGGCAGAAAUUUCAACCCUUGGUGAUCACAAAAAGCUUGGGGAUACCAUCGUUAACGUUCUUCAAGAAUGUCUCCAAUCACAAGCAACCGUCCGCAACUCUACAAAAGAACAGAUUGAGGAACUACUGAAUUCGCGGCAAAGAUUGAGAUGGGAGAAGAACAUGCCAAAGGAGGAUCUCCAUAUCAAACAAGCAGCGGCUCUUGUCGUCAAGCUAGAAGGAAAUUCUCUAUUCUCUUCAGGAAAUAUAGCAGGUGCCGCGUCAAAGUACUCUGAAGCAUUGGCAUUGUGUCCCAUGAGAUCUAAAAAAGAGCGGGUCGUGCUAUACAGCAAUCGAGCUCAGUGCCAUCUCCUCUUGCAACAGCCCUUGGCGGCCAUAAGCGAUGCUACACGUGCAUUAUCCCUUCAUAACCCAGUCAACCGCCAUGCCAAGAGCUUAUGGAGAAGGGCCCAGGCAUAUGAUAUGCUUGGUUUAGCUAAAGAGAGCCUGUUAGAUGCCAUUCUAUUUAUAAAUGAAUGUUCCCAAUCAAACGAUCCUGACCUUUCGUUGAGACAGAAUAGAGUUCCGGACUAUGCUGAACGGUUAGUGAAGAAGCAGAUGCGUGCUGCUUGGCUUUUUAGAGAGGCAGCUGUGAAACAUGGGGGAGUCCGUUGUGAGGGUGAUGCUGGGGACAUGUAUGGCCAAGAGGCUGAUGAUUCUGAGUGGGAGACUGCAAGUGAAAGCGACAUUGGAAAUGAUGGGAGGGGAGACAUGGGUGAUGAUGACAGUGAGUGGAGAGAUGAUGAAGAAAGGAAAGAUAAAUAUGAGAAACCUUCAAUGAAAGACAUAAAGCAUGGAUACAAUGUGCAGCUGGCAGAAGAUGAAACAUAAUUAAAUGCAGUCUGGAUUCUGUUUUUCCUUUGCACGCACCAAUGGAAAGUGGAAAAGACCAAUUGUCCUGUCGACCACAAGUUCCAAAGGUGUCUCAGUUUUUCCAAAGUGAAAUUCCAACUGUGCCCAGCGUACUCUGUAUGGUCUUUGAUUGUGUUUGGCUUGAAGAUUUGAAGAGGACUCUACUUCAAAGAAGUGAAGAGAGGAGAAGGGAUGGGCUGAGCAGGUUUAGUUCAUGCAGAGCUAAUCUGCUUCAUUUGAUGAGUGUGAGAAGCUUGUGUACAUAUUGUUUGAAAACCCCAAAUGGGUUUUUUUCUCUUUCUUGCCUGUGUGAAUGAUUGUUGUGCUUCUUUCAUAUUUAUUUCGAUUUUGUGGUCUCUUUUCUGAGUCUUUGUUGUGUUCUUUGAAGUUGUGUUAUUAUGUAAAACUGAUCAGAUUUUAAGCAUUUUGGAAGUGUUUUAUGGACA